AUGUGGUAUACAGGAAUUUUUAAAGGAGAAACUUCAGACCAGACAAGUCCCAGAGCUAACACACUUUUGGACGAUGCUGAUGAUAUACAGAAACAACUGGAGAACGAAGCUAAAGACCGCCUUAAAUAUGGAAGGCCGAAAACGAUUUGGGUCUUCCACCUACCAACACAGUACCCAUUUUUACUUCGUACCGAUCCAAUCAGAACCUAUAGACAAGAUCUAAGUCACAAUGGAUUUCGAAACAUUUUUCACAAGAAACAUAAGCAGCCACCUGUUAAGGCUAAUCUGACAGGAACUUCACCAGAUAACUGGGAAUAUAAAGAUCAAGUGAAUUGGUCCAUCGCAUUCCCAAGCUGCGGUGGCAGAUCCCAGUCACCUGUCAAUCUGCCGGCGAGAGGAUUGGUCAAUUCUAAAGCAAAAAAACUACUCUUCAUCAAUUACGAUACAAGACCUACUUCAAUGAGCUUACAGAAUGAUGGGAAAAGAGUUAUUCUUCUUGGGGAAUGGAAAAAGCAGAAUAGACCUCUUGUGUAUGGAGGGGCGGCAUUCAAUAGGAGAUAUGUCUUCCACUCCCUUGUUCUUCAUUGGCCUUCUGAACAUACUAUAAGUGGUUUGCAGUACCCUAUUGAGAGUCAGGUUCUACACAUAUCAGCCGAGUACAGGGAUUUCAAGGACGCAGUAAACAGGUCUUCCAGUGAUCCCCUGGCGUUUCUAGGUAUCGUCAAUAUUUACAUGUUUUCAAACGAAACGCACCCAGGAGUGGCAGAGCUAUUGAAUACAUCAAUUAAUACACCUUCCGAGAAGACAAAGCUUUCGCCUAAACCAUUGAGUUUCUUCAGCCCUCCGUUUCAAAAGUACGUGGUCUACCACGGCUCACUCACCACUCCGCCUUGCACGGAAUCUGUGCUGUGGAUCGUGAGAGGAAAGUCAUUACCAGUGAACAGGGAUGAAUUCAAUGUCCCAUAUGGACUUUGCAAUGCAUGGGGCCAACUGGAUGUGAAACCCUUCCGUUUGGUUAACCCUCUCAACGACAGAGGUGUGUACUUAUUUGGAUGAUAUUGUGAUAAUUUACACAUCUUCAUUGUAAAA